AUGAAUCCUGUUAUCCUAAUUACCUGGUUUGGUUUACUCCUGGUACUUCCUAACCAAGCCUAUGGUUAUGAGGACUUGGAGAACUUUGAUCUGGAAUCUGAUAAAUACCUAGAUCAAGAGGAUAUCAUUCCACAAGAGAAAAUUUCAGACGGAGAUAAAAUUUCUAGUUCCAACAAGCAUUAUGAUCUUAAAGAAUUUCCUCUUAGUGCCAACUUCCUAACCGAAGAGAUCGAUGAAGGUUCCGAUGAAAGUGAUUCUCCUGAAUUCACUUCAAUCAACGAUCUGAUUGCUUCACAGAGUAUUGAUACCCUGGCCUUCACUGACAAUGACUUUGCUAUUAGUAGCAAUAUCCCUACAUCUUACAGAAGUGGUUCUUCUUAUAAUAGCAACACUCCAGUCUCAUUUAGCAAUGAUAUUCCUGCUUCCCAUAGAAGCAUUGAUCCUACCUCUAGUAGCAGCGAUUUUUCUUUUGAUAUCAAACCGCUGUCAAACAGUUACACUGGCCCUUUAUCUACUCAAAAUGCUUUUAAUCCCAUAAAAAGCAAUUCUCAGUCUUUCAGUAGCAAUGAGAUUUCAUUCAAUAGCAACGCUCUUUCACAGAGAAACCCAGGGCUAUCCUUCGAUUUUGGUGCUCCCUCUGCUGGUAGCACUGCUCCUUCCGCCAGUGGUUAUGCUCCUUCUCCAGAAAUCAAUAUUCAAUCCUUCGAUAGCAAUAUUCAUCAAUUUGGCAACAAUGAUUCAUCCUUUAAUAGCAAUGUUCCUCAAUUCAGCAACAAUGAUCCAUCCUUCAGUAGCAAUGUUCCUCAAUUCAGCAACAAUGAUCCAUCCUUCAAUAGCAAUAUUCUUCAAUUUGGCAACAAUGAUCCAUCCUUCAGUAGCAAUGUUCCUCAAAUCAGCAACAAUGAUCCGUCCUUUAAUAGCAAUAUUCUUCAAUUUGGCAACUAUGAUCUAUCCUUCAAUAGCAAUAUUCCUAGAAUUAGCAACAAUGUACCUUCCUUCAGUAGUAAUAUUCCUCCCUUUCCAAAUAAUGCUCCAUCCUUCAAUCCGACCAUAAAUGUCAACACUCCUAAUUUUUUUAACACUCCCUCUCUACAAAGCUUCAAUGCUCCUCCGCUCCAAAGUAUCAAUCCAAACCCCUUGAUAACCAUAUCGUCUUCCUUCAGAAACACUGCUCCUUCUUAUAAUAGCAAUACUCCUGAGUUAAAUAGUAAUACUCCUGCUACAUUUAAUGGCAACGAUUAUACUUUCAAAUAUGGCAACGGCAAAUUUAACAGAUUUAACGCAAUAGAUAUUACUCAACUGCAUAAGAGUAUUGGAAAGUCCUACAUUAACAUUGAUCAGCCAUCAGGAAGAAAUGCCCAGUAUUCAGAAGGCAGUGCUCAAUCUCUGAGAAGCAAUGAUGAUCAUUCUAUUGGCAAUGCUCAAAGCUUUGGUAACAAUAAAAAUCUAGGGACCAUUGAUCAGUUUUCUGGAUGGAGUGAUCAACAUUUCGGAGCCAAGGAUCAAUCUUUUGGGAGUAAUGGUCAAUUUUUUAGUAACAACAUUGAUUUUGGAGCUAAGGAUAAGUUUAAUGAAGGACAUGGUCAAUUUUCAGCAAGCAAUCAAGAUCCCACUGCCCCGGGUAAAAGUAAACUAUAUAAUUUUGUUAUCAAAGAAAAAUCCCCUUCUUUAGAACAUAUUGUAAGUAACAACCAAUUUUCCCAUGAAACAGUAGUUGAGCAUGCCAACCCCCAAGGCUAUGAUGCUCAGUCCUAUGAUCAACCUGCUCCCUAUGCAUAUGAGUACGCGGUUGAAGAUUCAUAUCAUGGAACAAAAUUCAGUGCCCAAGAGAACUCUGAUUUAUCUGGAAAUGUUGUUGGAUCUUAUUCAGUUCUGCUUCCUGAUGGUCGGACCCAGUACGUAAACUACAAUGCUGCUCAUGGUCAAGGGUUCGUUGCCUCGGUUAGUUAUGUUGAUCAUUCCUUAGGUAGUGGCAGCAGUAGUAAUAGCAUCAGCAGUGGUAAAAGUAACCUAGAGCAUAAUAAACACUUGAAAACAAUUCCAAGUUUAAGAGAAGGGACUGAAGAUCAUGUAUCUAUCCUACCUUCCUUCACCCAGAAGACAGGAACUAAUUUUAUCUCUCUACCUGGAAAAUCUAAUCCAGGACGCAUUAAAUAUAAAGAUUUCUCUGUCUAAUCAUUCGUUGAGAAGAAUUCAAGAAAUCUUUUUAGAAACUUGGAACCCGUUUGUACAGAUCAAACCUCAAAAGUAGCAACAACCGUUGGUCCUCAUAUUGAAACUUUUAAUGUAUGUAGUAUAUUAAUAAAAAAUCGAAUAUUGCAGUAAAAAUUAUCUUUUGACAGUUGAUCACAA